AUGGUUUCUCUCACUCUAAUUGUCUUGACCAUAGCGGGGUUAUGUGUCUCCUUCGUUUGCGCAGUCAACACACCAGUGUCGAAGGACAACAUCCACAUUGGAGACAAGGACUGGGAAUGGUGGUUUGCCGAGAAGGGCUCUCCGAUGUUCCACUUUGCACUCGCAAACGGCAACUCUCAAUGCUACCCGACAUGGCCCUGGCGCCCCGACGGCUCCAAAACCCCUCCGGCGGAAAUGGAUAACUGGCCAAACAUCCGCGGCUGCAAGAAGCCCGACAACAACCUGGGCUUCAAGUAUACAUGGGGCGUCCCGAUGCCUGUCUACUUCACCGUGCGAGAAUGUGAAAACCGCAGCCGCCGCGGUAACGGGACCAAGGAAGUGCGCGUCACGUACGGUUUGUUCUACGAGAAGGACGGCUUCUUCAGCAACGGCCAUGAUUACGACUGGGAGAAUGUCGUCGUUACGUGGCGGCAGUUUGGCGACAACUUCCUCAAAGACGAGAUCUGGGUGUCGGCACAUCACGGCGGGAAGAAGAAGAUAGGAUGGGAGAACGUUCCCCAGACGGCUGACCCGUCCAACUGGCUCGAAGACGGCGGGAAGAAUAACGACCAUGCCAGAGUCUACGUGGGCUGGUGCAAGCAUGCCAUGUUCUUUGACAGGGCCGGUAUCAAGGACGUGCUGUCGUGCCUGACGGACCUCGAAUACCGCACCCACGACUGGUACUACGUGGCCCGAAACAAGAGCGACCUCCUGAAUGCCAGUCCCGGCACAAAGUACUGGGACAAAUUCGUGAACGAGGAAUGGGGAAAGGCGUGGAGCAAGCCGUCUAACGAAUAUUGGGCAUCUUGCGACAGGUGA